AUGAGUAAGACAGGAGCUAAUUUUGGAGGCACUGUUGGAUGGGAUGAACAGACUGUUAUUGGUAAACGGGCCCCACGAGCCGGAGAAUUAAAAUCUGAAUCAGCUAUUGCAGCAGCUCAACGUGCCGGUGUUCAAAUAGAUACUGCAAAAAAAUAUGCCGCUGGAAAUAAUAAACAGCAUGAAUCAGCAAAAAACACUGCCAUAUUAGAUCGAGAAACAGAGGAACUACAUCAUGAUCGAAUUAAUCCAGAUGUUGCACGUGCUAUUCAACAGGCACGAAUUGCAAAAGAAUGGACACAAGCUGAUUUAGCAAGACAUGUUAAUGAAAAACAACAAGUUAUAAAUGAAUAUGAACAAUCAAAGGCAAUACCGAAUCAACAAAUUUUAAGUAAAUUGGAGAGAUGUUUAGGUGUUAAGUUACGUGGGAAAGAAAUUGGUCAACCGUUCAGUACUGGACCGAAGAAGAAAUAA